CAUGUUUUUUCGUAAUAGUUAUUAUUUACUUUGAUGAUUAUUGUGCGCGGAACUUGAGGCCGAUCUCACCAUCUCGAGUUAGCUUUUACACACAUACACAUCUAACACAUAUUUGUUAAUUUUAUAUCUGUACAUAAUUGACUGAAUAGCUUAAAACUGAUCGUAUUGCUAUAUGUUUUUCCUCGGAAAAUGGCCAGGAAGACAAAAUAAUACGAUCAGUUUCUAGUUUUCAAUUGCCAAUUCCCAAAUUUAAUACGCCGAUUUUUUCAAAGUUUAAUUGGAAAUGGUGAGACCGUUGGUCUCCUCGGCUCGAUUCAAAACUUCGAGAAUCGCAAUUUUACUCUUCGAUACAUCUCGAAUCUGUCAUGGCGUCAUCGUCACUCGAGAGUGAUGGAUGUUCGUUUUUUUCGUCCACUUGUUGUGUAGUGAGGCUUCACGAAGGAAGGAGCGUGUUUUUUGUGAUGCAGAACGUUGUGAUAUAUUAAAUAUCGUGUACAUUUUUUAUUAUAUUUCGUGAAUUUAGAUUUCUUAGAAUCGGAUUGUUCGAAAGUAUGCGCACCUGUCUAAUCUAACCUAACCUAACCUAAUUUACAAUAUCUGUCGAAUCUGACUUCUGGCGACUGCGAUUCGUGGCGAUAUGUCUCGAGUUCGCGCGUGAAUUAUUUAAUAACUUGUUAAACUAUGAUCACCAUUGUAACUUUCAAUGCUACGCUAGUCGUCGAUGAUUAAGCUAAAGAAAAAUGUAAAAUUCGUAAAAAGUAAUGUUCGUAAUUUGUAAAUAUAAUUGCAUCUAAUACAAACUUUAUUCUGAUAUAGACAGAAAGAGAAAGUCCGGCAUUAACGUGUUAAUUAAUUUUCGUGACGCGAGUUGCAUUGCGUGUCGUUCUUUGCGUGCAAUAUUCCAUGUAUAGAUAGAAAAUGGUAGUUGGUAUUGAUUCUGUGAUAUAUUUGUGCCUCGUGGCGUUUCUUUGGGGCGUAACCAACCCAUUCCUAAAGAAAGGUGCACAAGGUUUGGAGAAAAUUAAGGCCACGUCCGUUUACGGGCAAUUUAUCAAGGAGCAAGCGUUUCUUAUCACCAAUCUGAGGUGUGGCUCGCUGUUGUACUUCCUGACCCUGCAGAGCACCGACAUAUCUUUGGCUCUGCCAGUUUCAAAUUCCCUUACCUUUGUAUUUACUGCAAUCACAGGCUGGUUCUUGGGUGAGGAGAAAGUGCAUAGAAAUACCUACCUGGGAAUGAUACUUAUACUAUGUGGAACCACAUUGUGUUGUUGGGACAAAAUGAAUAAAACAGUGGAAUUGUGAUUUAUGCAUACACUUAAAACAACAAUCAUUAAGCACGCAUCGCUAACCUUCCUUAUCCUGUUUGUUCAUUACCUGCUGAUUAAUCCACAUCCAUCCUGUGUAACGUGAGUACCACAAUGAUUAACACAUACAUCAAAUCCUCUCAUCAAAGCAAAGUCACGGUGUCCAUUUGAUUUUGCUUUCUAAUAUUGUGAAACAUUUAACAUUAAUAUAUUUUAUUAAUGAUAUGCUAGUUUACAUCAUUGGAUUUGUUAAUCUUGUUACAAAAUAUAACUCUGUUUUCGCAGCUUACCUUUUCAAAGAGAGGUAAUAUCUGUGUUAAUAGGCAAUAGGUUUUAUUCGUAAUUCCAUACAAUAUCGUCAAUAUAUAUUCAUGAUAUCUA